CGCUCAUUUACACAUUAGCUAGCAAAACAGCCUAACCUCGCUUUCCCUCUCAGCUUUUAACCGUCAAACAAAACCGAUCCAAGCUAUGAAAACAACAAAUUCAGUGACCGAAAACGUGGACACUUAUCGCAAAUUAGUGAAAACAUACCUCGAUCUGCAUGUGUACGAAUCGGCGUUAUUUUGGGCCGAUAAAGUAGUAACUUUGACGGGGAACCCCCGCGAUGUGUACUGGCUAGCCCAGUGCAUGUUUAUGCUAAAGCAGUACCACAGGGCUUCCCAUUUAUUGCGUUCAAAAAGCUUGGAUAAGAGUUACAUUCUGUGCAACUGUCUAACAGCCAGGUGUCUUUUGGAGGCCAACGAAUUUAAUGAAGCCCUCCAGGUGUUAAAUUCGAUCGAUUUCGACUUUAGCACGCAAAAUGAGGCGAACGUUGAGACUUUGCUGUUUGACGAGACUCCCAAAAAUCAAGUUUUCUCGACCGUUUUUUUACUGAAAGGCCGGGCGUUUGAAAGCAUGGAUAAUAGAGGCCUGGCUGCUGAUUGCUACAAACAAGCACUACAAUACGAUGUUUACUGUUUUGAAGCGUUUGAUUCUUUGAUUAAGUACCAAAUGCUCACAGCUAGUGAAGAACAAGAAUUAAUUAACUCGCUUCCAGUCAUGCAACAGUGUAACAGCGACGAGGCUGAAAUACUGCUCACUCUCUAUGAAAGUAAAUUAAAGAAGUACCACACUCCAGUUGGGGUGAGAAUAACAAACAGGGCCCCUUCUGAGUUGAUUUCAAGCAGUAUACCCUCAUUGCCUACCACGCCCAAUGCCCCUACGUUGAUAAGCACACCCAAUGUGGCCAGAAAUAACGACAAAAAUCUGAUGCAAAAUGAGGAAAUUGCCGAAAGGCCGGUUUUAGCAAAACUGAAAGAAAGUCUAGAUAUGCAAGUGGCUGAAGCCGAACGACUGUACUACAACUGCGACUACCAGCAGUGUAGUGAGUUGACUGAGGCGAUUCUGAGGGAGGACCCCUAUCACAGUGGCUGUCUGCCGGUCCAUAUUUCGUGCCAAGUGGAACUGAAGCUCAGCAAUAAACUCUUCUCCCUGGCCCACAACCUGGUGGACCUCUACCCCAGCCUGGCAAUCUCCUGGUUCGCUGUCGGUUGCUACUACUACAUAAUCGGCAAAAACGACUGCGCCCGCCGUUACCUCUCCAAAGCCACCUGUCUCGAUCGUUUGUUCGGCCCCGCCUGGCUCGCAUACGGCCACUCUUUCGCCAUCGAAAACGAACACGACCAGGCAAUGGCCGCCUAUUUCAAAGCCUCGCAGUUGAUGAAAGGCUGCCACUUACCCCUACUUUACAUCGGACUCGAAUGCGGCCUCACCAACAACGUGAGACUUGCCGAAAAGUUCUUCAAACAAGCGCAAAAUAUCGCGCCGGACGACCCCUUCGUCAUGCACGAAAUGGGCGUGAUUGCCUUCCAAAACUUAAAUUUCAAAGGUGCGGAAAAACACUUUAAGGACGCCUUGGCCCGCAUUCGAAAAGUCAAAUCAAACCCCGACAUUAUCCCGAAACGGUGGCACGGUUUACUGAAUAAUUUGGGGCACACUUGUCGCAAAUUGAAAAAGUAUGAGGAAGCCUUGGAUUUUCACCACCAGGCACUGUUGCUAGCGCCCCAAUCGGCGAGCACUUACUCGGCCAUUGCCUUCGUCCACGCCCUCAUGGGGCACACGGAGGAGGCGGUUGAUUGGUUCCAUAAAGCCCUAGGGCUCCGAAUUGAUGACUCGUUCUGUACCACGAUGUUGAACUACGUUAUCGAGCAAUUGGCCGAGGAAAAACCCGCAUAUCCGGGCGCUCCAGACACAAUACCAAUGUUUGAUUUACCGAUAAAGGGCGAAACGUCGCAAGAUAAUGAAACGACAUCGAUCGCCCCCAGCGAGAUGAGUAUGAGCAUAGAGGUGGACAUGGCGGACGCUAGCAUUAAUAAAGAAUAAACUUGGAAAUAAAGUUGUUUCAUUU